AUGUCUUCCCAAUCCCACAACACCCUGGCUCUCAAGGGCUUCGCCAUCACAUCGACCCUCGCAGUCGCAACGGCAAUGGGCAGCACAUCUCUGCUUUUCAUCCCCUCGCUAUUGAGACCCAUCACCAAGCCCGCCCGACCUUCCCCAUCGACAAAUGUAUCGCCGAUGCCAUCGCCAACACCGUCUCGACAAGGUUCCAUCCUCAACAUCCCCACCCUCACCUCCACCGACGGACGUCUCACCCCUCAACCAUCCAACGACGGCCGUCUCACCCCUCAACCUGGUGCUGGCUCGGGUGGCUUCAACUUCAACUGGGGAACAUCUGGUACAUACCAAGCUGUUGCACAACAAUUUUCCCGUCUCAACACCACCGCUGCAAGCAUCCAAGUUCCCCUCGAACUUCUCACCAUCGCAGCAUACGGCGUAGUCGCGUACAACGGUCGGAAAUCGGGUGAUUCGGCAUGGACAUAUUGGGCCACCAGCGCGGGCAUCAUCGCAUCCGUAUUCCCAUUUACGGGAUUCAGCAUGGCUCCUUUGGCAUUGAAACUGGCGAGAUUGGCAGGGGAUGCGGAAAAAGUGGAGCCAUAUGAAGAUGCGCCUAUUGAUCGGGAAGCGGAGAAGAGCAAUACUGUCGAGUUCCUUCGCAAGUGGAAUGCGCUGAAUAUUGCGAGAACAGUGGGCGUUUUCGCUGCUGGUGUGGUUGGGAUCACGGCUUUGGUAUCAGAGUAA